CUGUCAUAAAUUUUGGUUUACUUAUUACGGUUGGCUAUACUGAAAAUUGCAGCUGCUCGAUUAUUUUCACACGUAAAAAAAUUUACCAUUCAAUUAUUGAAAAAUUUUGCAGGAAAAAGGCAAAAAACAUCAAAAAGUGAGCAUUAAUUGAAGCAAUAAGAACUUGGGUAAUAAAAUUUGUUACAGAUAUUAUCUAAACAAGAUUGAAGUUGACCAAAGUCGAGCACAAGACAAGUGCUGAACUCGCAAAACAAAGCCAUUGACGUGUGCCCUACAAUAGCAAAGGCAGUAAAUUAUUCGAGACUCCUCGGUAAAAGGUUGGUGGAAAAUAUCCGCAUGUUUGGCGAUGUACAAUUUGUAAUGGAAUAAAAAUUAACAUUGGUUAACCUGAAUUGGCGUCAUGGAUGAUAAUUCGCAAGAUAUUUGUCGCGUGUGCCGUUGCGAGGCACAAUCGGAUCGGCCACUGUUUUAUCCAUGUAUCUGUACGGGCAGCAUUAAGUAUAUACAUCAAGACUGCUUAAUGCAAUGGAUGCGUUAUUCGCAUAAAGAGUAUUGCGAACUUUGCGGUCAUCGCUUCAGCUUCCAACCGAUCUACUCGCCGGAUAUGCCACGCGUGUUGCCUCUACGCGACGUGGCAGGUGGCUUAUUAUCAGCUGUUGCCAAGGCAGCUAAAUCAUGGUUCCAUUAUUCAUUGGUUGGUUUGGCUUGGUUCGGCAUCGUUCCCUUAUCCGCAUACCGUACAUACCGCUACCUAUUUCGUGCUUCUUCCUUUGAGCUGAUACUGUCUGUACCGUUUGACGUAUUUUCUACGGACAACUUGGCUUCGGAUGCUUUCCGCGGCUGCUUUGUAGUCACGUGUACAUUGCUUUCAUUUAUCGGCUUAGUUUGGCUACGCGAGCAGAUAUUGCACGGUGGCGGCCCGGAUUGGUUAGAACGCGAUGAUGCACCAGCAGCAGUAAAUGAUGGUGAGGAACAGCAGCAGCCAGUGGUUGGAAUAGGUGCAGUUGACGGUGAUGGUGGAGGGGUGAAUGACGGACAAGGUGACAGAGCUCGAGACGGUGUUGACGCUGAUGCCGCACGCGCUGCAGAUGACGCUGAAGCUAAUUUACAACCCAAUAGAGAUAACGAUGGUGACAAUGAAGACGCACCGAUUGACAUGCCAAUGAACAAUGCUGCACCAGCUGCUGUUAAUCCAGCUGAGGAAGAAGGAGAAAUACCGCUAGAAUUCGGACCAAGGCCGCAACCACUGCCAGGCGCUGGUAAUAACGGCAAUGGUGCAGGCGAAGACGUUGGCGCAGCUCAAGCUGGUCCAGCUGCAGCUGGUGGUGGAGCUGCUGAAAAUGAUAAUGACAACGAUGAACCUAACUGGAAUCCAAUGGAGUGGGAUCGCGCAGCUGAAGAACUGACUUGGGAACGACUGCUUGGUUUGGAUGGCUCACUAAUUUUUCUUGAACACGUCUUUUGGAUUAUCUCAUUGAAUACGCUGUUCAUUGUCACUUUUGCGUUUUGUCCAUACUGCAUUGGCAAUUUUAUAUUAAGCUCCCUGGACUUGCUGCAACCGGAUAAACCACUAUUACAUUUCCAUGGACUCAUUACUACACUCUUUGGCUACUGCUUCAUUGGUCUAACAUUGGUCAUAUUACACUUCUUUGCACGUCUUUUCCGCAUGCGGCGCGUGCGUUGGGUUAUUGGCCUCUGCUACAUAGUGGUAAAGGUGUCGCUGCUAUCCGUUGUGGAAAUCGGUGUGCUGCCAUUGGUUUGCGGCUGGUGGUUGGAUAUAUGCUCGUUGCCUCUAUUCGAUGCCAGCAUUAAGGACCGCAAAGUAAGUUUUAAGGCAGCACCUGGCACUUCGCUCUUUGUCCAUUGGAUGUUCGGCAUGGUGUAUGUUUACUACUUUGCCGCUUUCAUUUCACUACUGAGAGAAGUUUUGCGGCCCGGUGUACUCUGGUUCCUACGCAACUUAAACGAUCCAGAUUUCAGUCCAAUACAAGAAAUGAUACAUUUACCAAUACUCCGCCAUGUACGCCGUCUUAUUGCCUCUGCCAUGAUUUUUGGUUCUGCUGUUCUAUUGAUGCUUUGGUUACCGAUACGCAUUUUAAAAACUAUCUGGCCUUCAUUUCUUCCAUACACACUAUCCGGAGACUCUGAAGUCAAUGAACUCAGUUUACAGCUACUACUGCUACAGAUAAUUCUUCCCGGCUUCUUCGAACAAUCGCAUACACGCAUCUGGCUGAAAGGUUUACUUCGCAUAUGGUGUGUUUGUGUUUCCUGGUUGCUGGGCAUACGCAGUUAUUUGCUCGGUUCUGAACAGCCUGCCGCCGAUGGUAAUGCAAAUGCAGCUAAUGGCGCAGCUCGAGGUGCUGCUGCAGAUGCACCCGAUGCCGACAAUGAUGCAGCGCCGCAGCAAAAUGCCAACAAUCCGCCAGCUGCUGCUGCACAACCAGAAGCGGCAGGAAACGCCUUCAAUGCACAGCGUUUUAUGCGGGGACCUGCGCCUGCGAUGCCUAUGCCGCGCGAACAUAACUUGGGUGCCGUGCAUCAGGCCAUUAUGCAACGCGAUGUACCAGUCGGUUUUCAACCAUAUGAUCGGCCAACGUUAUUCCCCUUACGCUUGUGUGGUCUGCUGUUUUUCAUGUGCGUUUCGCUGGUAAUUGCCUCGGUUGUUACAUUGACGGUGCCGGUUUGGAUUGGCCGUCAAGUGAUGGCAUUGUGGUCUGUUGGCGGCCAUUUCACAAAUCAAGUAGUUGCCCAGGCGCCAGAGGUAUCACCGCGUCCACACGAGCUCUAUACGGCUGCCUUGGGCACUUAUCUCUGCUGGAUUAUUUCACGCGGUAUUGCCAUCGCUGUGAACUUGCUGCCUCAAGGGCGUGCUGCAGUCAUGGAUAAGAUUAAGCAUUGGCUGCGCGUUGGCGCCUCUUACGCACUGCCUGUACUCAUUUUUGUGCUCAUGUUAGGCGUUAUACCACUUUUGUUUGGGCUACUGCUCGAGCUGGUGGUGGUGAUACCGCUGCGCGUACCCUUCUAUCAAACGCCCAUACACUUUUUGUGGCAAGACUGGGCGUUGGGUGUGCUUUACACAAAAAUCGCUAUUGCUUUGACUUUAAUGGGACCCGAUUGGCACUUGAAACGAGCACUCGAUCGCGCAUAUCGUGAUGGUUUGCGUGAUAUCGAUUUGAAAUUCCUCAUACGUGAGUUGGCCACCCCCGUGAUCACAUGCUUCGGUUUGGCGCUUGCUAUACCAUACGUAAUUGCACACUCCAUUUUGCCCAUAUUCUUUAAAAAUUCUGUGACGCGCCUAGAAAUCUCGCGCGUCGUCUAUCCCGUAUUCUUUAUCAUUGUAGUGGUAAUUGCAUACAUUUACUUUGAGAUUAAACAAUUCAAAAAGUUGUAUGUAGCCAUAAAAGUGGAUAAAUAUUUGGUUGGCCAACGUUUGGUAAACUAUGAACAUCGUAAGCGUAAGCAAGAGGCUGAAGCAGCAGAAGCUGCAGCAGCAGCAUCAUCUUCCACCAGUAACACGCAAGCAGAUAAAGAUGAACCCGAA